UCACCUAGCAGCUUUUCUCGUCUGUGCUGUGGAGGAGAAGCCGGAGAGCACACACACAUUUCAUACACACAUGCACACACACGUAUGCACAGGUUCCGCGGUCACUGCAUCCUGCAACUUGAAACAAAAGAAACUUUGUGCCAAUUCACACAAAGCAAAAGGUACAAAUGACGGAGUGACUUUGAACGCAUCACUUUUUUUCUGCGGAGACAACAGCGUCGGACUAUGAGGAAACUUCCCACUCCAAACAACCAUUUUUUUCUUUUACAACUUUUUGUCCUUUUUGACUCAUUUGGAGAGCUGGAUUUUUGGAUGAGACCCCGCUAGUUUGGACUUUAGCAUAUUUUUUGUGGGGUGGGAGGAACGAUCGUUGAUAGGCAAAGUCUCGGAGGAUUUUGGAGACAGAAAAUAUGGCAACACUUCUGAUCUGCGGGUUUAUUCUACUCAAGGUCGUCUUCGGGGACGCUUGUGCCAGCGGACAGUUUAGCGAAUCAGGCCAGUGCUGCAGUUUGUGUCCUGCAGGCUUUGGAGUGUCGACUGAGUGUGGAAAAGAGGACACCAAAUGCAUACCAUGUCCACAGGGGACUUUUUCCUCUUCGGAAGACCUCGGGCGUUGCCUCCCGUGCUCGCAGUGCCCGUACGGCGUCCCCACGUUGGUGUCCUGCUCGGCUGCUGAAGACACACAAUGCGAAUGCGAUAGCGGCUUCUUCUACCUGCGAUCUUUCAGAGUGUGCGCGCCUUGUUCAAAAUGCAACCGUGGCCAGGGGGCGGGACAGCAAUGCGGACCCAAGGGGGACACGCUGUGCAGGGCUUGCGGCCGCGGAACCUUCUCUGAAGAACACCACAGCACCAAGCCGUGCCAGACCUGCACACAGUGCACAGACAGCGAGGUGGAGAUCCGGGCCUGCAUGCCCAACUCGGACACACUCUGCAUGGCAGAUAAAAAGCUACACGUUCUCUCUGAUGCGUCCCGCAACGCUCCGAGCUGGUCGGGUGUUGAAGAGGUGACGCAAGGGGGAGGCAGCGCCGUCCAAGGGACACCAAAGUCCACCCUGCAGAAUGAGAACGGCAACAACAACAACAACAUCCUGGCCUAUGUGUCCGUACCAGCUGCAGUGGUGCUGGGCCUGCUGGUCUACGUCGCCUACAACUGCUGGAGAUCGUGUAAACAGAAGAAGGCUCUGUCCAAGGCCCGGGCCGCCGAGCUGGGCACGUCCCCAGAAGGAGAGAAGCUGCAAAGCGACAGCGGAGUGUUCCUCGACUCGCAGAGUCUGCAAGACAACCAGCCCUGUAAAGGUACAAAGAGGGACAGCAAGCAGGACACACGCCUGUACAUAAACCUGCCCCCCCACAGGCAGGAAGAGGUAGAGCGGCUCCUGGAAGAGGGGGCGGGCCGCGGCUGGCGUCAGCUGGGCCAAGCGCUGGGCUACGACCCCGAGCAGCUGGACCUGUUCGGACACGGCGAGGCCCCCGCUCGCACACUCCUCUCCACCUGGGCGCUAAAAGAAGGAUCCACUCUGGGACUGCUGUGCUCGGCGCUGGCUCGCAUCGAGAGGCCCGACGUGGUCUCGGCCCUCAACUGUCCCACGCAGGGCGUCUCAGUGGUGUGAAGGAAGCCCCCAUCAAGCUGCACCACUUUGGCUGCAGAGCACGCCUUAUGGAUCUUUUUAAUCCACACUAAUGUACAGUAGUACCUCAACUUGACAGCUUAAUUGGUUCUAUGACCGAGUUCUUAACCCAAAACAUUUUUAUCUCCAAUCAACAUUGGCCAUUGAAAUUAAAUGAAUCAAUUUAAUCCGUAUUUGACCCCCAAAACUGCAUCAUUUUAAGUGCCCGAGAUUGGUAGGUUGUGAGUUCGAACCCCGGCCGAGUCAUACCAAAGAUUAUUAAAAUGGGACCCAUUAACUCCCUGCAUGGCACUCAGCAUCAAGGGUAGGAAUUGGGGGUUAAAUCACCAAAAAUUAUUCAUGGGCGCGGCCACCGCUGCUGCUCACUGUUCCCCUCACCUCCCAGGGGGUGAUCAAGGGUGAUGGGUCACAUCUAGUAUGUGUGUGUGUGUGUGUGUGUGUGAGUGUGAGACAAUCAUUGGUACUUUAACUUUACUUUCCUCAAUCAAUCAUCAAUCAAUGUUUAUUUAUACAGCCCUAAUAAUAAUAAUAAUAAUAGAUUUUAUUUGUAAAAAAGCACUUUACGUUGAGCAAGCAACUUCAAAGUGUCACAGUGUAAAAGCAAAUGGUAGUAAUAAUAAUAAUGAUAAAAAGAUAAUAAAAAUAAAUAAAAUAUAAAACUAGAAACAGCCCAAUAGCUAGAACCAGAAUGCAUAUCUAUAAAAAGGUUUUUUUUAAAAGAAGGGUUUUUAAGCCUUUUUUAAAAGCAUCCACAGUCUGAGGUGCCCUCAGGUGGUCAGGGAGAGUGUUCCACAGACUGGGAGAAGCAAAGCAGAAAGCCCGGUUUCCAAUAGUUCGUAGCUUUGUCCUUGGAGGUUGGAAGAGGUUUGCCUGUUUGGAGCGGAAGUGUCGUGUGGACGAUUUGUGGGUGAGCAGUUCUUUGAGGUAGACGGGGGCAUUUCCAUGGAGGCACUGGUGAGUUAGUAGGGAGAUUUUGAAUUCAAUCCUGGGCGGAACAGGAAGCCAGUGAAGGGAUUGGAGAGUUGGUGUGAUGUGGUCGUAUUUCCGCACUCUCAUCAGGAUCCUCGCAGCACUAUUCUGUAUGUACUGCAGCUUCUGAAUGUUCUUGCUGGGGAUCCCGACAAGAAGUGCGUUGCAGUAGUCGAGACGUGUCUCAAAGGGCUGCACAAGCCAAAACGACAUCCGCGGUUCAGCGCCCACAUAAGGGCAGAGAAAAACUCACAACUCAGUGGAACGUUGAUGAGAAUGACUGAGAAAUGUGGGUAACACCCCUAGAGGAGACCGGAUGCAAUGGACGUCACCCAUCAUUCAUCAUUACUUUCCUCCAAACAACUCCAGUAGUUGUGUGAUUUUGAGGCUGACAUACUAAUCACUGGCUUACCAUGCACCCCUGGCGGGAUUGCAGAAUGUCACAAAUGUAUAGUUUUGGGACUAAAAUUGUCCUCAACGUUAAAAAAUGUACACAUAUAUGAAAACAUUUUGAUGGGGGAACUGAGCCGAGGAUGUCGUUGUGGCUUGUGCAGCCCUUUGAGACGCUUCUGAUUUAGGGCUAUAUAAGUAAACAUUGAUUGAUUGAUUGAUUGAUUUUAUGAAGUAAUUGAUUUAUGGUACCUCCUUCCAUAGGCUUCUCCAUCAAACACCAUCAGCAGCUUUUUCCAUAUUUUCCUGGAUAAUGUCUGGAUAAUAUAUUUGAACAUUCUCGGCUGGCAUGAGACUUCCGUACGGCGCAGACUGUCAUGUCUGUUGAUCAUGUUUUAAUUUUUGCCAUGUGCUGUUUGACCUUUGGACUCUUUAAGUUCCUGUUUUUUUUUUCACUCCCUUGUUUUGUUGCUAUGGUUGCAAAUUGUGUCCAGCUGUCUCUGAUUAGUGCUCGCCCGCUCACCUGCUUCCCGAGCACUAAUCAGAGGCUGUAUUUAAGCUUGCCUUUGCCAGUCAGUCGCCCUGGCGUCAUUGUGUUCUUUUCUUACUCUGUGCUGACUUUUUUCAUGCCUUGCCAAGUAAGUUUUUAUUUAUUCAUGUCAUAGUUACCUAUUUUUGUUUCUUGUCCAUAGAUAGGUUUAAGUUGUGUUUUCGCGUCAUGCGCCUUUUUGUUUGUACCUUUUUUUAGUUAAAAUUAAAUCAUAUUUUUACCUAAAUGCCAUGUCUUGAGUAAUCCGUCUGCCUUCCAGGGAGAACGACCCCGCAGCAAGCUGCGACCUCCCCAUAGUGACAGAAUGACGCCAGGGCGACUGACUGGCAAAGACGAGCUUAAAUACUGCCUCCGAUUAGUGCUCGGGAAGCAGGUGAGCGGGCGAGCACUAAUCAGAGACAGGUGGACACAAUUUGCAACCAUGGCAACAAAACAAGGGAGUGAAAAAAAACAGGAACUUAAAGAGUCCAAAGGUUAAACAGGACAUGGCCAAACAAAAACAUGAUCAACAGACAUGACACAGACUGGCAGUGAUGCGCUCAAAUUUCUUUGAUGAUUUAUUUUUUUAAGAACCGUCCACUUCAUCUCAACAUCACCGUCCUUCACACCCACUUUUUUUUCUCCUUUCUAUGGAUUGUAAAACAAAAUGAUGUCCCUCCAUAGCUAUAAGCUAAUGCUAGCGAGUAAGAUGUUUUGGUCCGAUCUUACAGGGUUCAAAGUGACUAGGCUGACCAUACGUCCUCUUUUCCCCGGACAUGUCCUCUUUUGCGGCGGUGUCCGGCGUGUCCGGGCGCGUUUUUUUAAAUGCGUCAAAUGUCCGGCAUUUUGAAUUAGGGUUGCGUGUAUUUUCAAUGUAGGUCCAGGGUUAAGUUACCGUAUAUAUAUAUAUAUAUAUAUAUAUAUAUAUAUAUAUAUAUAUAUAUAUAUAUAUAUAUAUAUAUAUAUAUAUAUGAAAUACUCGAGGUGGUGAAUCCUAGCUGUAAAUAUUGUAGCGGCUGGCUACGGGGUGUUAGCCAAUGGCUUUGGUUGGGGGGCGGGACUUCCGGGGAAGUUAGGGAAGUGACGCUAUUGACAGGAAGUUUUGGUUCGAGUUUUGCCAGGAAAAAGAAAUAGACUUCUUGGUAAACACUAAGGUGAGUGAAUGACUCCAGAGAUUUAAGCGUUAAAUAUAAAAUUUAUGUAUGCCCUGGCAUACCAUUAUCAUCAUUUCAUGACCCAAGCUAAACACUUUUUAAACUUUUAUACUGAAAUAAAUACACCUACAACUUAUUAAAUAAAAACAUAGAAAAAACUACCAGCAGCGGUAAAGUUUACAUCCAUGAAGGAAAGAAGAAAGUGAAUGAAUGUUUAUAACUGAAUACAUUUACAUAUGUAUACACAUUUGUUUUCUUUUAUUAUUUUUUUUUAAAAUGAAUUAAGUAACGUUUAUGACAACCUUUUUCCAAAACACAAUUUAGAAUGUGAGAUAUAACAGGACAAUGAAUAUGUUUAUCAUUUGUUUUCAAAAUGCUUACAAAAAAGUGGGACCCCGAAAAUAUAUUGUGGGACCCCAUUUUUAUGACUUGAUGGGGUCCCUGGGACCCCAUUUUAAAAAUCUCUAGCACCAACACAGCCGUCAACAGAGGAUAAAAAAUGCUUUAUUUAAAUAAAUAUAUUAUUCAUAGCCCUGCGAUGAGGUGGCGACUUGUCCAGGGUGUACCCCGCCUUCCGCCCGAUUGUAGCUGAGAUAGGCGCCAGCGCCCCCGCGACCGCGAAAGGGAAUAAGCGGUAGAAAAUGGAUGGAUGGAUGGAUAUUAUUCAUAAAGCAAGUUCGAGUAUCAUUGGUAAAUGUUCACCUAGUCCCGGCCUUGGCAUGCUGCCCGCCUUGGCAUGCAUAUAUGUGUCCUCUUUUUGGGAUUUCACAAUAUGGUCAGCCUAAAUGUGACUAAUUUUGUCACUCACAUUUCAAAGUAUAACAAUGAGUUGUUAUCUCAAAACACUCUUAAGUUGAGGUACUCUGUAAUAUUAUCUCCUACUUUUCCAAAGGCAUUGCCUUCACCUCCACUUCCAUCAAGGAGACUCCGUGGUAUCAUUUUCAAAAAUACAAUAUUGUUUGCAUCAGUACUACUCACUAUUGAAAAUAUACUGUAUUUGGCUUCAUGUCCUCAUAAUAUGCAUGAGUCAUCUAGCCCAGUGUUCCCCAACUUUUUUUCCACCAGGGACCGGUUUAAUGUAUGCAUUAUUUUUCACGGACCUGCUUUCUCCAUUUAAAUUAGCCUUUGUCAACAAUCUGGCUCAUUAAAAUGUUAUAUAUUCAUUAAUGUGCAUUGUCCCAUUACAACUAGUUGUAAUAUGCAUUUAUUGACAGGAUUAUUGGUGUUUAGUGGGACAGGCCAAAGUUAAGUCUGAGAAAAUGUGGUGGUUUAUAAAUUAAUGCUUCUGUGCAGCUCACGGACCGGCGGUUGGGGACCACUGAUCUAGCCUAUAAUUGUUUGUAUUUGCAACUUAAAAAAAGAUGAAUUAUUCUAAUUGCCACCUGAGGAGUUUACAUGUUCCAAUACUCCAAUAAUUUUUCCAAUGAAUAUUGGGUAAGACUUAGGUAUGGAGAACAUAUUCACCAUUAAUUAGUCGCUAAUUAACAUACAAAUUAGUAACAUAUUGGUUCUUAAUUUGUCAUUAUUAAGUACUUAUUAAUGCUUUAUUCUGCAUGGCCUUAUUAUACAACCAGUAAGCCAGUAACGAAGAGUCUUCCCUCAAAAACCUCAGAAUUAUUGCUUAUUAGUAACCCUAAACCUUAUAGGUUCCCAUCCAUCCAUUUCCUACCGCUUGUCCCGUUCGGGUUCGCGGGGGGUUUCUGGUGCCUAUCUCAGCUGCAUUCGGGCGGAAGGCGGCGUACACCCUGGACAAGUCGCCACCUCAUUGCAGGGCCAACACAGAUAGAAAGACAACAUUCACACUCACAUUCACACACUAGGGCCAAUUUAGUGUUGCCAAUCAACCUAUCCCCAGGUGCAUGUCUUUGGAGGUGGGAGGAAGCCGGAGUACCUGGAGAGAACCCACGCAGUCACGGGGAGAACAUGCAAACUCCACACAGAAAGAUCCCGAGCCCGGGAUUGAACCCAGGACAGCAGGACCUUCGUGUUGUGAGGCCCAUGCACUAACCCCUGUACCACCGUGCUGCCCCUUAUAUGUUCACCUAGUGUCCAAAUAACUCUAAAUUAAUCAGGAUCAGAACCAGAAUAAGAAAUACUUUAAUAAUCCCCAAAGGGAAAUUAAGUCUGUCACUUAGAAUAUGUUCCACAUACUAAAGUGUUACCGAAGAUUGCCAUGACAACACUUGAAAUCGGCUUCAUAUUGUAAUGACGCCGGUAUUGUUGGUAUUCCUGAUGGAACACAACCGAACAGAACUCUCUUUUUAAGCUCUUCCUCACGUGUUCACCCUUGUAAAUAAAAAUGUGUGAGGGCCACCAAAGGGAUCAUCGAGAACGGAACACCUUCCCUAUUUAUUCGAGCAGCAUGUUCAAACGUUACUCUGUGUGCUGCACUGUGUGAUGGCUUCACAUGAUCAUCUUAUCUUUAUGUGCAUAUUUCAUAUUUGACUUUGCCUGUUUAUGGGGUUUUGUCAUUCAAUUAAUAAAUCAUUUGUAAUAAAAA